AUGCUUCUUACUUCCGCCUUCCUCCUUUCUUUCCUGUACCCCUGCGUCUCAGCCCACGGCUACGUCCAGCAGCUCCUUCUCGGGCCCAACCUAGUCGAAGCAUGGAACCCAUACAAAGACCCGCAGAAGAACCCUCCUGUGAACAAAGUAACGAGGAAGUUCCUGGACAAUGGGCCCGUUACCGACAACGCGUUUUUGACGGAUGCCAUUACGUGCAACUACGGCGCAAAAGGCGCUGCGAAUAAUGUUCCCGCUAACGUGAGUGUGGAGGUCGCGGCGGGGAGUAAGGUGUCGUUCUUUUGGACGGAGUGGACGAGUGAUCAUCCGGGGCCGAUCAUGACAUACCUCGCCAACUGCGCCGGCGACUGCACGACGUUCUCCGGCUCAACGGGCAACGUAUGGGUCAAGAUCCAUCAGGCUGGCUACGAUUCGACGCUCGAUCCGCCGUGGGCGUCGAAGCGUCUGCCCACGCAGAAUAGUACUUGGAGUGUGACGUUGCCGGCGAAGUUAGCAGCGGGAGAGUAUUUGCUCAGGUAA